GGCGGGCCGCCCUCUACCGUUGCGUCCGGGGCGGGCCGCUGCGAGAGCGGCGCACUCAUGCACAGUUUCGGCAUCUUCCUGCAGGGGCUGCUCGGCGUCGUGGCCUUCAGCACGUUGAUGCGCCUGAUUCACUGGGGAAUCUGCCCUCCCACCACCCCGCAAAGCUGCACCACCCUCUGGCAUUGUUUCAGGCUUCAGUCAGACAGGGGAAGUAAGGCAGCCAAGAGAUAAGGAGACUUCUUGCAGACAAGAAGAGGACUCAGGCGAUGUCAAAGCCGAGAGUCAAACGCUUCAGAGAACCAAAGCAUGAAAGACGUCCGUGGAAGAUAUGGUUUUUAGACACUUCUAAACAAGCCAUAGGAAUGCUGUUCAUCCACUUUGCAAAUGUGUACCUAGCAGAUCUCACUGAAGAGGACCCUUGUUCCCUGUACCUCAUCAACUUCCUCCUGGACGCCACCGUGGGAAUGCUGCUCAUCUACGUGGGUGUGCGUGCCAUCAGCGUCCUGGUGGAGUGGCAGCAGUGGGAGUCCCUGCGUUUUGGUGAAUAUGGAGACCCUGUGCAGUGCGGCGCCUGGGCCGGGCAGUGUGCUCUUUACAUCGUGAUCAUGGUCUUUGAAAAGUCUGUCGUCUUCAUCGUCCUUCUCAUACUUCAGUGGAAGAAGGUGGCCCUACUGAAUCCUAUUGAAAACCCAGACCUGAAACUGGCCAUCGUCAUGCUGAUCGUCCCCUUCUUUGUCAACGCUCUGAUGUUUUGGGUGGUGGACAAUUUCCUCAUGAGAAAGGGGAGGACGAAAGCUAAACUGGAAGAAAGGAGAGCCAACCAAGACUCGAGGAAUGGGAGCAAGGUCCGCUACCGAAGGGCCGCAUCCCACGAGGAGUCGGAGUCUGAGAUCCUGAUCUCAGCUGAUGACGAGAUGGAGGAGUCCGACACGGAGGAGGACCUCCGCCGGCUGACCCCCCUGAAGCCUGCGAAGAAGAAGAAGCACCGCUUCGGGCUGCCCGUAUGACACGUUCCUGCGCUGCGGUCAGGCCUGGGGCCCGGCCUGCUGACAGCGGCAGACGGUGGUCCCUCUGCAGGGUCAUUCCUCCCUCCUCUCUGCCCCCUUCUUCUACCUCCUUGCUCUCGCUGUCUCCGCCCACUCCCAAACGACUGUGACUGGAGAGAGGGUGGGAGAGCCGGCGUCAGGGCCGCGGCGGUUGGAGGUGUCCACUCAGUUGCACUACAAACACUGACCAAAUAUGCAAGCAGGGCGUUUCGUGUGUGUGUCGUCGUCCUGACGGUGUUGUGAGGGACCCACAAGCCCUGUCCUGUGUCUGGCAGGGUGGCACUGAGGAGAAACACACACACACACACACAGAUUGUGCAAAGAGCCUUCCCCGGAGGCUUGGGGAGUGAAGACGAAACAUGUUUUGGGCUAAAAGUCACUCACUGACGAAGUUGGAACCACAAUGCUUUCUUACUUGAAGUGGCUUUUAUAACUAUUAUUUCUAAAGUCGGUUUUAUGAGCUGUCAGUGUUAAUGUUUUUUGAGUAUGUGUUUAUUUCCUAUGGGACUAAUGGGCAAAACAUAGAUUUUUAAGUCUUCCGUAUGCUGUUGACUUUUAUAUUUUUAAGUUAUAUUUUCAUACUAUUGUAUUUAAAAACUUUUUAAUUCCCAAAGAAAUGGGUUUGUUUGCCUUUCGUGGGAUGUGAACUGGUUGGGUGGGGGGGAGCCGAGAGCUCCUCAUUUGGCGCAUUGUUAGGUAGCCUACGAUAAGAUGAGGCAGUGAGCCCAGCAGGAAGGCAGAUGGGCCCUCACCUGAAGUCAGCGCCCUGUGCAGUGAAGGUCAGGCCUGGGUGGGGGGAAGGGUCAAACUCAGACCCAGCAUUGCGUGCACGCCAGGGCCCAGCCUCUCCUUGGCGUUUCUGCUGGCUGGGCAGAGGGCCUCGUUCAAGGGGACAAAGAAAAGCAUCUAAGAGGUCUUUCUGUCUAGAGAAGUUGCGACUGUGAGGCCACUUGUGUUUGUUCCCUGCCUGUCGUCAGAGCCCCCAUGUCUGCAGUUUGAAAUGUCGUCUCAGCCUUCCUGCCUCCCACUGUGCAGCCUUCAGAGCCGGCUUCCUGACCCAGCUCCAGGUCAGGCUGCCCCGGGCCUGUUAUCUCCUCCACCUUUAUUUUGCACAAGAGUCUGGAGAACACCUGCCUGACCAAAUCGUCCUGUUUGUCACGUACUCCAGGGCUGUGGUCUGGCUGCAUCCACAGCCAGGACGAGGUGCUUCUAAGCUGUGUCCCUUCCUUGGGAGAGGCCCCCAUUCAGCCUGGGCACAGACCCUGUGGCUGUGGGAGUCGGCCAACGGGCAGAGAGUGGGCUGACUGGGCACUGGACUGCUGCGGACACGGCACGGUGGAGCACCCAGUGCCGUCACAGCCGGAGGCACAGAAGUCCGCACUGCCGAGUGUGAGCUGCUAAGGAGAUGGGUGGGGAGGCCACACCACUCGGAACCUUAUUUUUAAACCUACAUAAAACGUGUUUCACUUAAGAAGACUGGGUCUGAAUUGUGGCAUUGAGCCAAGCUGCUCACCCAGGCAUGCUGGGCCUGGCCUCUGCCUGUCACGCAUCUGGGACAUGGGGGGUCAGCCUUAGGGAGGCCUUCUCUGUCCAUCCUCUCUAGGAGUCCACAAGCCAGAGGGGCUGAGACGAGCCGGACCCUGUAACUGUGGUGGGAGGUGACCGCCGGGUGAGCGUCUGUGGCUGGAGAGAAGAGGCGAGGCCGGGUGGUGCCUCGUGUGAGAUUGGAGUCCGUCUCCUUUCUCACCUCACCUCCACUCCCCCCACUCCCAUGCUCUGGCUGUGUCAGUGGGUGUCUCUGCUAGAGAAGUGGCAUUGGGAAGACCAGUCCCUUGUGGCCUGGCUGACUCUCCUUGUCACUCCGAUUUCAUUUUGAUUUGAACAACCUGUGCCCACAGCUGUUUUUUGAACCUUCCUGAGCUCAGAAUCGGAGCUUCAUUUCCGGUCUCGAGCCCCUGAUGUUUCCACAGUGCAGAUGGGGUAGGGGAGUAUUAGUCUGUGAAAUAGGGAACCUGGGUUACAUGGACCUCAGGUGAUCUGCUCACCUCAAGGCUUGUCCCAGUACCUGCUGGGAAGUGGGUUUAGUGGACAAAGAAGUUGUGAGUGAGUGGUGGUUUCCCCCUGUGUCCUGAUGUUCAGUAAGGGCUGUAGUCUCUGAACUGUGGCUGUGCAACUGGCUAACUAGGGGACGGUGUCUGCCCACCGAGGGCCUGUGCUCUGUGGGGCUGGACAGGGUGGCCUCCCGAGUUUGGCCUUGUCCUCCUCCUGAGUUCAUACACCCACGCACAUGCACACACACAGCACAGAGUUUGCAUUCCCUGGGAGUGUGUCCUGUGCCGCUGGGUCUUCUUUGUGGCACUCUGCCCAGAUGCGGCGGAUGCAGGGGGCCUGUCAGGACUUCUCCGGAGCUGCCUUUCUUCCCUGGGUGAACUUCCACACCACCUGCUCCAAGGUGCCUUACGAGGUGCAGCUCCUUGCUCAGCCACGUGGCAAGCAUCACUGUGCUUGAGAAACCAUAGGACACCGACGAUAUUGUUCACUGUCCAUCUCGUUUGUCAGAAUCUGAACCUUGGCUAAGCCACCCAUGGUAGAAACUUGUAAGUCAAGGUCAUGAAUAAAUUUCUUGUAACUAAUGGAAAUAACCUGAAGAGGCAGAACUGUCAUAACUGAGUAGAAGAGAUGAUUGCGGCUCUUCUUCCCUCUGCUGUCAGUGAGAUGUGGACAGUGGUGAGGAGGGAUGCUGGUGGGAUCCCGGGUAGCAGUGGCUUCUUGGUCCACUCAGCUGGAAGGCCCGUGAGGUAAAGCCCUCGGGCACACUGGCGGGCUCCUGCCUCAGGCUUUAACUUGUGCCCCUUCCUGGCAAUGGGAGUCCUGGGUUAGUGUUGACAUGUCGCGCCUCUGAAGGGAAGACACAGAAAGGCUCCGAUCCACAGUGUGUCUGCCCCUAUAGGACUUAGGCUGCUGUCCAGCGUCCCUGACUAAAGGUGCCCUGGGACUGCAGCCCACUCUGCCCACUCACAGCAGACCGCUGGCCAUUCUGCAGCCAGGCCAGUGUGCUGAUGCUGGGAGCUUCCCAUCCUCCAGAGCAGCCCCUUUGUAAGGUGUGUAGGGCUGGCUUUUUAGAAGUUUCCCUCACUUCCACCUGCGGGGAGAGCUCUCUGUUCUACCCUGGGAAACCUUGGCUCCCUGAAGGGCUUUGUCCUCGGUGAGGGACUUCUGGUCCAAGUGUCGUCGGUACCUUGACAUGCUGGGUGGGUGGGUUGAUUUAAUUUGAUUUCUCUUUUCAUGAAGUUUAUUAAAAGUCAGAUGUAUGUGAGCAAAAACCACGGUCUACUUCCACUGUCUGCCUGGGGGGUGUUGAAUUGGUGGUGGUAUGAUUCACAGAAACACAUUUUUGAAAUGAAAGGGAAGACAAUGUACUUACACUGUAAAAUGGUUUACAAUAAACUUUGACAUCUUAUUACAGCUUUUUAAAAAAAGCUA